AUGCCCGGUCAAGAAAAUCCUGGCUCGUCAGACACCGCCGGCCCUCUCCAGCCUCCACCGCCCGCUCUGCCCAUAACCAACCGCCUGCGUGAUCCACCUGUGUUCUCUGGUCUUCGAGGGGAUGAUGUAGAAGAUUGGAUCCAAAACUACGACCUCGUCAGCGACUUGAACAGGUGGGACAACCCACAGAAGUUGCGCAACGUCCCUUUCUACCUGUCUGACGUCGCGAAAACCUGGUACUGGAACCAUCAUCCAGAUCUUCCAGACUGGGACACGUUCGCGCAGCACCUUCGGCAAAUCUUCGGUGCCCCCACAGUUCGAGCUGAAGCAGCUAAGAAGAAGCUCGCUGAACGCAUUCAGCUACCCGGUGAGUCAUACACCUCGUACAUUGAGGAUGUACUUGCCUUGUGCAAGCGUGUAAACGCCACCAUGUCCCCGACCGACCAAAUACGCCACAUUAUUAAAGGCAUCAACACCGUCGCCUUUAACGCACUCGCUACGCAAAAUCCUGUCACCACUCAGGAUGUAAUCACCAUUUGCCAGCGCCUCGAGGAACUCCAGACUCUUCGCCUAUGCUACGAUGCCACCGACAUUCGUCUUCCUGCGACCCUCGACUUGCGUACGCUGAUUCGCGACAUCGUUCGUGAAGAGCUUCACGGGCGCUGCUCUUCCUGCGCUACGGAAACUCUACCUUCUGCACAAACCGGCUUGCGAGACAUCAUUCGCCAAGAGAUCGCGGCCGCAUCGCGUCUGACGUGUUCCGACGGCCCCUGCGCUCGCCAGGCGCCAACGUACGCUGAAGUUGCGGCGCUCUCUGCUGCCACCACCGUUCCUGGGCCUACACCAGGAGACCACGCGUCUGUGGCUUCGUUGUCCCCGCCGGCGCGUGCACAGCCUUACUACACCGCUCCGCGCCCUCCUCGGCCCAUAUGUUACUACUGUGGCUAUCGAGGACACAUAUCCCGCUUUUGUCGAAGGCGCCAACAGGACGAGCAACGCGGCUACGUUCCCGACGAACGCCCAGCGACCAACUCUAUCAUUCGUCCAUUGGCACAGUGCACGGUUCGCGUCUGCAUAGAUGGCAUUCGUCAUCACAUUGUGUUUGCGGUAUUUCGUGAGUGCACCCACGAACUGAUUUUGGGGUGGGAUUUCUUAUCUUCUGCGUCUGCUUCCAUAUCUUGUGAUCAGCGCCUCAUACAUCUGAAUGCCACUGACUCUUCUUCGCCUGAACACGAAGGACGCAUUCGACUUGUCGCCAGCUCAGAUUAUGUUCUUCGACCAUCUAUGGAAGAGAUUAUAAGCGUUAAUUCCAACGACAUUGUGGAUGGUGAUGUCCUCAUUCUUCCUUACGGCCAUACCCUGUCUCGAGGCAUUGUGAUAAUUCCAGGCCUUAUUCGCUUCUCUGACGGCUCUGCCUUCCUUACCGCUUUAAAUCAAACCCCCGAAUCUUUACUGCUGCCCCGUGGAUCAACCGUCACUUGCGCGGUCGACACUCAUCCCGUUGCGAUUGUUGCCCUUCCGAGCCAAGAACUACCAGAGUCAACUUCGCCGCCACUCAAUGCCUCUUCCACACCUUUGUUGGCAACCAUAAGCCCUGACCUAACACCUGCACAGAGUCAAGAUUUGCUCGCCCUAUUGAACCGCCAUCGUUCUUUGUUUGACGUGAAUUCGCCCGUCCUCAGCAUGACUACCGCCGCUACCCACAGCAUUCAAACUGACGGCUCCCGUAUUAUCCACCGGCGCCCAUAUCGCGUGUCUCUCGCAGAGCGCAAGAUCAUCGAGGACAACGUCUCGGACAUGCUACGACGAAACAUCAUACGUCCUUCCUCGAGUCCCUGGUCAUCCCCAGUUGUUCUAGUACAAAAGAAAGAUGGCACAGUUCGUUUCUGCGUCGAUUACCGUGCACUAAACAAAAUAACGCGCAAAGAUGUUUAUCCUCUGCCACGGAUCGACGACGCACUGGAUUCAUUACAUGGCGCCGAGUAUUUUUCUAGCCUUGACCUCAGAUCAGGCUACUGGCAAAUACCGAUGUCGGAGUCUGACAAAGAGAAGACCGCCUUUUCCACCCCAGAUGGCCUCUACGAGUUUAAUGUGAUGCCUUUUGGGCUUUGU